AGGAGAAGCAAUCGCAGCUCCUUCCCAUAACUUGAGGCCCCCGACUUAUGAUAUGAUGUUAGUUUCCUCUUGCUUGUGAGGAUUAUUUGGCGUGAUAAUCCACACACCCACCCAGCAAUAGCAAUUUGAAGUUGAUUCUUUCUAUACUUGAUUGAACUUUUACGCAGACCCAAAACCCUUGGGCUGCUACACCUUCACACCGUACUAAAACUCAUCUUCCGGAGGGAGUUUCAUUUUCCACCGGACUUUUACUUUUUGUUUUUAGAGAAACAGAAAUCCCCUCCCGGCACGACACCGAUCCCCGCAAAAACAUCCUUUGAAGAAAAAACAAGAUGAGCAACAGCAUCUCCACCACGGGACUCGCCGCAAUUGCGAUCGUCACCUCCUCCCCACUGGGAAAUGGAGGUCCCAGCACAGUUGCCGCCGUACAGACGGUGGCCGACGCGAGCAAGCGACCCUCGUUUCGUGUCGACCGCUACCGGAAGACGCAGCUUGCCGCCGUCGCGGCGGAGAGGCGAAUAAACAAGGGCGGGAACGACGAGGUGGAUGAAACAAGCAGGAGGAGGGCCACAACUACGUCGCAGAAGAGCAGCUACGGCCUAGUGAUGUCCUCUCGUAGUUCUCGUGCUGGAAAGGAGAGGAAAGAUUCUUUUGUCAGCAAAAUCCAGGUGGAAAAACAAAAACACCUGAUCGUGCAGCGCACGGAGACGAGGGAUGAUCACAAUGCGGGAUAUGCUGACCAUGAACACGACGAGAAUCAGAAUGCCGAAGGAGCCUCUGAGGAGGAACAAGCACCUCCCUGCGCCUUCCCAACCCAGGCCGACGAAAUCUGGCGUACCGUAUCAAAUGCAAAAAUGUCUGGGUCUGGAAGAAGGCCAGACUCGUCAUGCAGGUUUUCCAUGACCCAUCGGGUCUGGUAUGUAGGACAUAGCAUGACAGAUUCUGUGAGCGACGUUCUACCAUGCUUAUCCUGCAUGACAUACUGCGUCGCGAUCAGGUCAAAAGUGAACAGCUUUUGGUAAUCAUGCAACACAGAUUUUAUACAUGAUUCAGAUUUAGCAUGACAAGUUGCUGCUAUGUUCCAGACAUCCAGACAUUUUUGCAUUUGAUGCACCGACGAUCUCUACGACGACUCUUACUCCAUCAUCCCCCGCGUGGACCUGAGUACCUCGGCGGCAUUGGCCGCGAGAGAAUUUUACUUGACCGCGGUCGAAAAGCUCCUGCAGAACGACACUACUAUCGAUUUAAAUUUGACGCAGUACAUUUUGACCACCCCUCCGGUCGCAGUGAUCUAUGACGGCGCUGAAGAAGCUGCGGGUGCAGGAUCCAAUUUGUUCCCGGCGUACUACCAAAACGCCGAGGGGCACCUCACCCCGAUGCAGGAUUUGGAAGACGUCGCGGACGAUCUGACCGUGAAAUGGUACGAUUUACCAAAGGACGAGGACCUGAACUACGCGUACUAUCAGCAACAAAAGGAGAAGAUGCAGGGAGCCUACACAGCGGACUACGUGAAACACAAGUGCCAAGCGCUGACAGCGCAGCUGGGAUACCAUUACUUCAAUCUGAUCCGCCAGCGGAACAAGUGGUCCUGCUACCCCAUUUAUCAACUGCAAAAAUGUCUGGGUCUGGAAGGAUGCAAGGUUUGUCAUGCACACUUUGCAUGACUCCUGAAGUCUGUGACGCAGGCUCUAGCAUCACAGAUUUUGUGAGGGCUUCCUGAUGCCUGUACCGCAUGAGAUAUGCCCUCUCGCCGUGGCAAAAACUGGACCUCUUUUGCUGUUCACGCAAUACAGAUUUUUGUAGAAUCCAAAUUCAGCAUCACAAGUUGCAUCCUUCCAGACCCAGACAUUUUUGCAUUUGAUACCAUUCCGCCGCGCAUGGUUCACGACAGCGCGACGGGGGAACUGAAGGAGGUGACUCAUGUAUCCUGAGUAAAAACGUGUCCCCACGACCAGAGUCAAGCUGGGAAAUCUGCUAGACAAAUCUGUCAGCUUUUGCUGUCGCGCAUGACAAGUUUGGCCUCGCAGUGUAAUCCUGUUUAGCUUGUUCAGCAGCGUCACAGAUCUAGCACAUCAUGCUGAUUCUAGCAUCACCAAUCCCACAACACGAAUAGAGACUGCCUCUCAUGGGUCUCCGCAUGAGAAACAUUCUCAGCAUGCAGAUUUGCAUUACAACUCUGGGGUGGGGACGUUUUUACAAAUGAUAUCAUGACCUUCCCCGCGCGAACGUCUACUCCAUGGUGGCAAACAGCACCUUAUCAAGUGUAAAAAUGUCUGGGUCUGGAAGAUUGGAACUUGUGAUGCUAAAUUUGGAUUCCAAAAAAAUCUGUAUUGCAUGAGCAGCAAAGGGAGUGUAAUUUUUGCUACGCGGAGAGGGCAUUUGUCAUGCGGAAUAGGCAUCGCGGGGCCCUCAAAAAAUCUGUGAUGCUAGGGCGUGCAUCACAGACAUCAUGGCCCAGGCAAAACAUGCAUGACAAGUCUCAGAAUCUUCCAGACCCAGACAUUUUUACAUUUGAUACACCUGCGCCACCAGCUACGCGUCGCAGUCUACCUUUGUCUUCCCCAUUGUGCCGCAGGCGGACGCGAGUCCGAGUGCUGACGGAUUGUACGAAUUUGACAACAUCGAAAAAAUGCUGCUUCCCGACGUGGUCACGGGCAUCCAGGAGCCUCCCAGUCCGCAGGUUAACCAGUUCAUCAAUGCGAACGGUGGCAGGUUUUUCUACAGCUACCCAGCGGCCCUCCAUUGGUGCGCGAGUGUGUGCGACAAAUUUGCGGCCAACUGCGACGGGUUCGAGGUGGUCGGGUACCGAGACGCCAACGGUGUCGGCGUGAACGGGACGGAAGUGGAUGGUGCCAGUUAUUUGCCCGGACUGUCCUUCUGCCGGCUGCUCUAUGCGGAAGCAGCCGUAGCGCAGCUGACGCCCGAGGAGGAACUGAUGAUAAACACGGGAAUCAAGAACGUGACGGCGGAAACCGUGGCGGGAACCUCGAAAGGUGAGGAGCUCGCUCCGCCCGCCGGGACGCUCGCGGCUUACGUGGGGUACCAGGGUGAGCCGCGCGACCUGCUGCGCAUGCAUCCCGAGAUGGAGGGCAUCACGGACGAUGGUUCCAGCACGUUCGAAUGCCCAGCCGGCGGGCUGGAGUGGCAGCUAUCAAAUGCAAAAAUGUCUGGGUCUGGAAGAAUGCAAGAUUUGUGAUGCAGGUUUUCCAUGACCCAUGAGGUCUGGAAUGCAGGACCUAGCAUGACAGAUUCUGUGCGAUCUCUCUCAUGCCUAUUCCGCAUGAGAAACUCCCUCCCGACUUGGUGAAAACAGGACGACUACUUUUGGUAAUCAUGCAACACAGAUUUGCGCAUGCUUCAGAUUUAGCAUGACAGGUUGCAUUCUUCCAGACCCAGACAUUUUUACAUUUGAUAGCAGCAGAGGUACUACGAAACGCACGCCAUGUCGGAACACCAUUUGCUGAACAACCAGGUGCAGCUAUCAAAAGGAGAAAUCCCCCCUCCCCAUAUCGAAAGCAAUAUUUGUGAUGCUGGAUUUGAGUACACAAAUCAGAUUUGUCUUGCUGAAGAGGACUGCAGGCCCACAUCAAGCCUGAGUUGAGAGGUUUUGGCCUAGGCGCUUAGCAUGAGAAACGCAAACGUCUGCGCCGUAGGCCAAACAGCAUCACAAAACGCCUGCAUAGUGCAGCGGAGCCUGUGAAGUUGCCUUCUUGCAAGACAGAGAUCAUUUGUGGUCGCAAAUCAGCAUUGCAAAUUUUCUGCGACGUGCCUUUUCGAUAUGGGGAGGGGGGAUUUUUCCCCGGGAUAGCAGCUGCAGCAGAGCAGCGUCCCCAUCGACUCUGGAACGAAUGCGCACGGUGUGGAGAUGACACUGCAGACCAGCCCGACAGUAUCGCAGAAAAAAAGUGUUUCACUGUAAACUUGUAAUGCAGAAAUAGUAUCUCAGAAGGAUUUGUAUUGCUACACAUGCAAGACAGUGGAUUUUUAGCUGUGUUUUCCCUUAGGAACUUUGCAUGGGAAAUUUUCUCUGUGAUGUAGAGCAAACGCGUGAUGCAAAACUUGCAAGAUCCUUACAGUGACACACUUUUUUCGUACGAUAGACAGCGGCUAGUGCUGCUUCGUUCAUUGAGAUAAACAUGGAGCAGAGGCUGCACGAGGAC